AUGGACACUUUCUCCCCUCUAAUCUCCUUGACGGCAAACUGGUCCUCUGUCGCAAUGACACGCCUCGGCAACACGAUUCCACCCUCUCACCUCUCCCAUCGCCCAGAUAUCCUCGCUCAUCCGAUUCCCUCGGCCUGGAUACCUGAUGACAAUGAAUUCGUGCUCGCCCUCACCGACCCAGAUGCCCCUUCGCGUGACGAUCCGAAAUGGAGUCAAGUAUGCCACUGGCUGGGCACCUUCAAGGGCACCAAAGCCAAAGAGUUGGUCGAGUACAAGGCUCCUGCGCCGCCAGAGGGGACGGGUAAGCAUAGAUAUGUGGUUGUGGUUAUGAUGGCCAAGAAUGGGACGACUGAGGAACUGGAUCUGGCGCUGCCUGAGGAUAGAAGACAUUGGGGAUACAAGGGAGAAAGGUCGGGAGUCAAGGACUUCGCGAAGAUUAAUGGAUUGAAGGUUGUUGGUGAGUCUUGUCAUUUUUCUUUUGCGUCAUGGGGUUUGUGUUGA